UCUCAAGUUAGCGUAUUCGUAAUGCGAAACUCAGAAGAAAACAAGGUCGAAAGGCGGGAGCAUUUUCCCAGAUUGGCUGAACGAGUUUAUGUAUCUUUCUGUUCGUCCUUCUAUUUUCAUUUUGAUUUGAUUCCUGUUUCCGUUUUAGUCCUGUACUUUCUUGUUGGUUGCAGGGUUCAAAUUUGCCCCAGAAGCUAACCAAAGCAGAGAAAUUCACUGACCCAUUCAAAGUCUAGCACUCUCAUUUUGCAUGGAAAUUUCCUUCUUGUGCUUGACCCAUCCUAUAAGAAUAACAAGGUAUCAUGCUACCUCGAAAAUCAAAACAGCUAAACACGGGGUCAGAAAUUGUCAGCACUUUUGCUCUGCGUGUUUCAGCUUUGAUUUUAAUGCUCAGAGUUAGAGCUCUGAACCUUUAUAAUUCUUGCCUUUUGGCAAAGUCUAACUCAUUUCUCUCAUCUUCCUCUGUCCCAAAGAGAACUCUUCUUGGUUCCCUUUACCGAUCCUUCCUAGAAGGUAACAACAUAAGCAACUGUUUGAUCCCAAGGGCUUACAUGUCGCCUUCCGCAGCUAUGGAGGUAAUACAAGAUAGAGGACUUAAUGCCAAGGAGGAUAGCUAUGGAGGAGUUACAGUUAACGUGGAGGAGCCAAUGGAUUCCAUGGUCUUUGCUUCUCUGCUAAAAUUAUCAAUGUCAAAUUGGCGGAAACAGGGAAAGAAGGGAGUGUGGAUCAAGCUGCCGAUAGGACACGCAAAUCUAGUUGAACCUGCGGUGAAGGCUGGAUUUAGGUACCACCAUGCUGAACCGGAUUACUUGAUGCUUGUGCAUUGGAUUCCCAACACUGCUGAUACUCUUCCUGCAAAUGCUUCACAUCGUGUGGGGAUUGGUGCAUUUGUCAUAAAUGACAAUAGAGAGGUGCUUGUGGUUCAGGAGAGCAAUGGUUAUUUUAAAGGUAAAGGUGUAUGGAAGUUACCUACUGGGACUGUUGAGGAGGGUGAGGAUAUUGCUGCUGCUGCCGUUAGAGAAGUUAAAGAAGAAACAGCGAUAGAGACAGAAUUUGUUGAAGUUUUGGCUUUCAGGCAAAGCCAUAAGUCUUUCUUCCAGAAAUCAGAUUUGUUCUUUGUUUGCAUGCUGCGACCACGUUCCUUUGAUAUUCAGACUCAGACCUCUGAAAUUGCAGCAGCUCAGUGGAUGCCAGUUGAGGAAUAUGCAGCCCAACCCUUUGUGAAACAAAACUCAGGCUUUGACUCAGUUGCGAAAAUAUGCUUAGAGAAGUUGGAUAGGAACUACACUGGCUUCUCUCCUCUGCCUACAGUGUCAUCUUCUGGCAAAAAAACCUGCCUGUAUUUCAACAGACACAGUGCUGACCACUUGUUUGCUUCCGAAAAUCACCAAGCUUGACUUGUAAUUGCUAGUACUAUGACCAUGAGACCUUCAUGGAUUAUUAAGUUCUUGCUUGCAUUAUAUAGCUAUCUAUACCUUCCUAAGUUUCCUCAUCCUGUUUCAUUUUCUUUCUGUAACCGUCUAAGAAUGGACGCAGUUUACUUGUGGUUCUGUUAUUUGAUUUGUGCACAUGUAAUUCUUUCUCAUUUUAGUGACCAAGUGUGUUAGAUUGGUUUCAUUUUAUACACUUUCAAUUCUUCAAUAUUUAUAUAAAAUUUACAUUAUAUAUGCUUUUCCA